UCCCUAAUUUGUGUCCGCAGAGUGUUUUUUACCCAUGUUAGUCCUCUCUGGCGCAUCAGUCGAGGCAGAUCUUGGAGCUGCAGGAAGAGGUGGAGAGGGUGGGAGCGAAAGAGUCCAUCACUGAGAGAGCGCGCGAGAGACCGAGGGAAGGAAACUUGGCGGGCGCGUCGCUGGUUCCUGGGAUCCCAACACAAGCACGAGAGAGGAAACGCCAAAUUUGUUUUUGCCCGGGCGGGGAAGAGGGCAGAUCUGGGCCUGCGGGAGGCCCCGAGAGUCGUUCAGAUUUUGGUAGGGGAAGGAGAGCGAGUGUGUGCGUGUGCCUGCUCUUGUGUAUAUGAGCGAGGGGCGGGCGCCGGGCGGCGGGGAUGGCCGAGAAACGGAGGGGCUCGCCGUGCAGCAUGCUAAGCCUUAAGGCGCACGCCUUCUCCGUGGAGGCACUGAUCGGCGCCGAGAAGCAGCAACAGCUUCAGAAGAAGAGGCGAAAGCUGGGCGCAGAGGAGGCGGCCGGGGCCUUAGAUGACGGAGGCUGCAGCCGCGGCGGCGCCGCCGGAGAAAAGGGCUCCUCUGAGGGAGACGAAGGCACUGCGCUCUCCCCGCCGGCUGGGGCGGCAUCCGGGCCCAUCCGGAGCUGUGCAGACCUGGAGCGGAGCUGCGGUUCCCGCGGAGCCGCGGGCGGCUGUGAGGACGGCUUCCUGCAGGGCGCUUCCCCACUGGCAUCCCCAGGAGACUCCCCGAAGGGGUCCCCGGUGCCCGCCCUGGCCCGGCCCGUGACCCCGCUGCCCUCGCCGCAGGCCCCGCGGGUGGAUCUGCAGGGAGCUGAGCUCUGGAAGCGCUUUCACGAGAUCGGCACGGAGAUGAUCAUCACCAAGGCCGGCAGGCGCAUGUUUCCAGCAAUGAGAGUGAAGAUAUCAGGAUUAGAUCCUCACCAGCAAUAUUACAUUGCCAUGGAUAUUGUGCCAGUGGACAACAAAAGAUACAGGUAUGUUUACCACAGCUCUAAAUGGAUGGUGGCGGGCAACGCUGAUUCCCCUGUGCCACCCCGGGUGUACAUUCAUCCAGACUCGCCUGCCUCAGGGGAGACUUGGAUGAGACAAGUGAUCAGUUUCGACAAGCUGAAGCUCACCAACAACGAACUGGAUGACCAAGGCCAUAUUAUUCUUCAUUCUAUGCACAAAUACCAACCGCGAGUCCAUGUCAUCCGUAAAGACUGUGGGGAUGAUCUUUCUCCCAUCAAGCCUGUUCCAUGUGGGGAGGGAGUGAAGGCAUUCUCCUUUCCAGAAACUGUUUUCACCACUGUCACCGCCUAUCAGAACCAGCAGAUUACUCGCCUGAAGAUAGAUAGGAAUCCCUUUGCCAAAGGCUUCCGAGACUCUGGGCGUAACAGAAUGGGUUUGGAAGCCCUUGUGGAGUCAUAUGCAUUCUGGAGACCUUCACUGCGGACCCUCACCUUUGAAGAUAUCCCUGGAAUUCCCAAGCAAGGAAAUGCAGGUUCCUCCACCUUACUCCAAGGUUCUGGGAAUGGCGUUGCGGCCACCCACCCUCAUCUUCUGUCCGGCUCCCCUUGCUCGUCUCCAGCCUUCCACCUGGGACCCAACACCAGCCAGCUGUGUAGUCUGGCCCCGGCUGACUACUCCGCAUGCGCCCGCUCUAGCCUAACCCUCAACCGAUACAGCACGUCCUUGGCCGAGACCUACAACAGGCUCACCAAUCAGACGGGCGAGACCUUCGCCCCGCCCAGGACUCCCUCCUACGUGGGCGUGAGCGGCAGCGCCUCGGUGAACAUGUCCAUGGGCGGCGGCACGGAUGGGGACACCUUCAGCUGCCCACAGACCAGCUUGUCCAUGCAGAUUUCCGGGAUGUCCCCCCAGCUCCAGUACAUCAUGCCUUCACCCCCCAGCAACGCCUUUGCUGCUAACCAGACACACCAGGGUUCCUAUAACACGUUCAGGUUACACAGCCCCUGUGCCUUGUACGGAUAUAACUUCUCCACAUCCCCCAAACUGGCUGCCAGUCCUGAGAAAAUUGUUUCUUCCCAAGGAAGUUUCUUGGGGUCCUCACCGAGUGGGACCAUGACGGAUCGGCAGAUGUUGCCCCCCGUGGAAGGAGUGCACCUGCUUAGCAGUGGGGGUCAGCAGAGUUUCUUUGAUUCUAGGACCCUAGGAAGCUUAACUCUCUCAUCAUCUCAAGUGUCUGCACAUAUGGUCUGAUGAAGCCUUUAAGUUAAACUACAUUGGAAUCUGGCUAAUGUAUAUUCUUUCUUCGUUUUCCUUGUCUUUUCUUUUUGGAAAGCAAUAUGAAAAGAAACUUAUCAGUAGCUUGUAAAAUGUACAUAUAAUAGAAAAUGAAGGCUCACUGAGUUUUUUUGACU